AAGAGGUGAGAGAGAGGCAGGCAAUCGAGAAGAGAAAGAAAGAGGAGAGUUGAGGAAAAACCUAGAGAGAGAAAGGGAGGGAGAGAUCAGACAAGAAGUUGGGCGGGCGGCUAAAAGAGAAAAAUAGAAAAGCAAUGACGGACCAAGAGAUAUCCCAAGCUCUCCACUCCCUUCUCCACGACUACUCCACUUCCCAGUCCUCCCAAUCCUCCGCCGGCGGCCCCGCUGCCCCUCUCACCUCCAUGACCGCCGUCGUCAAGCACCUCGAAUCCCGACUAGGCGUCGACCUCUCCCAGAAGGCCGAAUUCAUCCGAUCCCAGCUUCAGCAGUUCCUCUUCCAGCCUUCUCACCCGCCUUUGCCGGCGGCGGCGCCGCUGCAGCACCACCAGCAGCAACCCUUUCCUCAUCCGCCCACUUACAAAGACCGUUAUGCCCCUCACCAAACCCCCAACUUCCUCCUCUCCCCCGGCUUUCCUCCUCACUCCGCCGCCGGUGCCGUCUUCUCUCCUGGCGUCACAGUGACCACUGCGGUCAAGCUGGACUCCCCUGCUGCCCUGGCUGGUUCCGCCCUCGAUUCUCCCAAGGAGAGUAAUAAGGGUAAGAGGAAGGGCGGGGCAGGUGGUUUGAACAAGCUCUGUGGGGUCUCACCUGAACUUCAAGUUAUAGUCGGUCAUCCUUCUCUUCCCAGGACUGAGAUUGUUAAGCAGUUAUGGGCAUACAUAAGAAAGCACAACCUCCAAGACCCGAGCAACAAAAGGAAGAUUAUCUGCGACGAUGCACUGCGUGUGGUGUUUGAGACCGACUGUACUGAUAUGUUCAAGAUGAACAAGUUGCUCUCUAAACAUAUCCUUCGUCUUGAUCCCCCAAAAGAGGCCAGUGCGAAGAAGCAAAAGGUAGGGGAUGAAGAACAGGAGUCUCAAGGUACACAUGCUGCGCCUGUUCCUUCUGCAGGGAUACCGGAUGAAGAAAAGGAGCCUCAAGGCACACAGGCUCCUCCUGGACCUUCUGUGGGGAUAUCUGAAGAACUUGCAAACUUUUUUGGUGUUAGUGAGAGGGUGAUGCUUCAGACAGAACUUUUUUCUCGCCUUUGGGCUUACAUCAAUGGAAACAGUUUGGAGGAUCCUCAUAACUCAAUGGUGAUACAAUGCGACACAAAGCUUCAGGAGCUUUUUGGUUGCGAAAGUCUCCCAGCCUCAAAGAUCCCGGAAGUUCUGUCCCAGCAUCAUAUAUUUAGAACAUGAUUGCUGGGAACUGAAGGCAGGUUAGACUGGUUGCCCAUAUACUGUGUGCUUUUCUCCCUUUUUAGCUAAUUCAUAUAUGAUCUGUAAUGUAACAAAAUGCAGCUUUAUUCUUGAUUUCUGUAGGCUAUCAUCGAUGACGCACCUUAUUACGACUCUGUGAAUGUGGUAGAAUGUCUCUCUGUGACUUUGCUUAUUGCUCCAAACCCAAGUCUACUAAUAAACGCGAAUGUACUGUUGCUCGCGGGAUGCAGUAAUCUGAGGCGGAACCUCUUUAGAUCAGAUAUAAGUUAAAACUGUUGGGGAGUCUACUAACUCCCUGAACAGUGCUAGAUCCUAGCUGGGCAAGAAAUGUAAUUAUUGGUAUCUUGUCCCCUUGUAGUAUAUUGUUGGCUUGGUUUAGGUUUGUGCUGUUGUAUUGCUAUCUUGUAUGUGGUAGGGAGUAUGGGCAAAGGAAUUAACCCUCCACUUCUGUAGAACAGAUCAUUACCAUGUAUAUGUGACUGAGCUUCUGCUGUGUAUCUAUUGCUUAAGUUCAUAGUUCAGCGCCUUGGACUGAGAUUGCUAAUCUAGAGUGUAACUGGACUGUAAUGUUGUUAUCCUUGAGUUUUCGGAGAUCGUUCUUUUCAAUUUUCAGUUUGUCCAGCCCUAAAUGGAUUUCAUGGUUGGAGUUUUAAGAGAAGUUCGGUUCAAACAUAUGAACAAAACAAGAAGUUAGGC